CCUGCCCGUGCCCUGCCCCCACCUCACUCACAACAUCCAUGAACACCAUCAACCACAACAACAACAACAACCGCUACAACAACAACAAGACGAUGACUACCUCUUCCAUCAAGAUCACCUUCCAGGGCGCUUCACGCGACGUGAACGUUCGGGUUCCGGUUAUGCUCGCCAGCCUUCAAGCUGCCAUCGCCGCCGCCUUCGAUGUAGAGCUGCCUGCCCGCUCCUCCGCUGGCGAGGCCGCCAAUGACACCGACCUGUCCUUCACGUACAAGGAUCCUGAUGGGGACGACAUCGUGUUCGACAAGGAAUCCGAGCUACAGCUGGCCCUGCGCCUGUGCCCCGGUUCGCUCGAGAUCUCGGCUGCCGGCAAGGAAAACAAGGCUACUAGGAUGCCGGACUCCGAAGAGAAGCUGUACAAGAUCGCCGCCCGCAACCUGCGCGAGUACAAUGGCGUGCCCUCGAUGACCCCACCCAAGCUCGUCAAGACCCUGGCGUUCCUCAAGCUGAACCCGCAACGCCUCGUGAAGCAGGGCCUUGCUCCCAAGGUGCUUCUGGCUCGCAUGAAGGCCGAAGCCGCCAACAACGCCAAGGUAUCGAAGGUUCCUCUUGGUGACGGCAAGAACAACGAGGAUCUCGCCGAAUCGGUCGCCGCCGGCAUGGAACUGAUGAGCGUGGAGGACGGCAAGAAGGAGUGGAACGACGGCUUCGUGUCCGUCGAGCCCGCAGAGAUCUCCUUCCCUGCCAAUGACAACGAGGAGAAGAACGACGCUGCACCUGAGGCCAAGAAGAACCUCAUCCACAAGGCCUUCAUCGCCGGCGGCAUCCAGCUCCGCCCCCGCGAGGUCCGACCCCUGCUCGUCGCCCUUGACGUCCUCCCCUACCGGCUGGCCAAGCUCGGCCUCGUCGGCGGCAAGGAUCUCCGCGCCAUGCUCCGAGCCGAGAAGAAGACCGCCCACAAGCGCCACGGCCCGGGCCACGCCGGCCUCCAGCACCUCGGCCACGUUGAGCGCAUGGCCCACAGUGGCCCCCGUGGCCCCACCGGCGGCUUCGCCCGUGGUCCCGCAGGCCUCAUCAUGCGCGUCGGCAGUGUUAGACCCGGUGCCGGUCCCAGUCCCGGUUCCGGUUCCGGUGCCAGUGGUCGUACCCCAGAGGCGGGAGCCAACGUGGUUCCUCUCGGAAGGGGCAAGAUGAGGGCCGUGUUCUGCGGCAAACCCCGCGUAGGGAUGAUGAUGCCCCGUCGCUGCCACCCCCACGCCGGCAUGCCUCCCCCUCCCCGACCUCACAUGGAGCACGCUCGUGCGCCCGGCGGCGGCGGCGGCGGUGUUGGCCAGCAGCAGCACGGGCGUCACCGCUAGGGGCGAAGAUCACCGUCAAUCCGAAGGAGGAGAAGCCUCGCUGUCUGCUACCAUUCUGUUCCUUGUUCCGCGUUUCGUGGUGCAAGAAGAUCGGCAUGAGAGUAGCAGUUGAAUUGGUAUAUCGUUGUCUAUGGGUUGGUACCAUUUGCAAUUGGGCAGAAGCCUCC